AUGAGAACGAUUCCCGCUUAUUUACGCCAUGGACAUCGAUAUUAUUUCGAAGUGGACAAUAUCGGCAGUAAACCAAUAUUUAAACCGAUCGCUGUACAUCUUCAAGGACGUGAACCUUUAUUCGCCGAAUUUAAGGAGAACAGUGACUGUGCGACAUUUGCUCAUAUCGUCGGCGACAUUCAGAAAUGCAAAUACGAAUACUACUUGUUGCAUUCCUCCUUUUCCUACUUUGAAAGGAAACCUUUCGAGGAUGUGAUUGAAAAGCGUAGUUGUGAAUUAUUCAAAAUGGGUAACAAUACGCCAAUCUUAAUUAAAUACGACGUUCUCAAUCCAUCGUCGGAAAAAAUGAUUGGCACAUAUUCAGUUACAAGAGAUACGGCAUAUUUCAUCAAUACUGUUAAAAAAGAGAAAGAAAAAUAUCCUACACUGAAGAGAAAGAUUAAAAAAAAGGAAAUGAGCGGUUCUAAAUUCGAAGUAUUCUGUGUUGGAACAUUCAAAAAUGUGUAUUAA